GUGACAACAACAGUCGGACGCACUCGGAUUUGUAGGUUACAUAUAUCUGACAAUAACAACAAACAACACGAAAUUGAUUAUUAAUCAAAAGGAACCUAGCUGCUACUACUAUCUCAACCAGAAUGGGAAAUUCCGUUUCAAGGACUUUUAACAUUGGAUCAGAAGACAAUAUUGAGCUUUUUUCAGCCAUAGAAAAGGGCAACCUUCAUAUUGUGCGUCAGAUUGUUGGAAACAGCGACAGCACAGUUCUUUUCACUGCAAGGCACAAAGGAAAGUCUUUGCUGCAUGUUGCUGUGUUACAUGGUCAGUUGGCAUGCGUGAAGUAUCUUCUAGACCACGGAAUUGAUGCAAAUAAGAAGGACGAUUUCGGCGAUCCAGCCUUGUUGGAGGUGGCUCAUUGCAGCAGUCUUAUUGACCAGAAAAUUGUGGAAUCCAUCAUUAAGCUGAUGCUGGGCAAAAAGGCAGACAUAAAUGCUAGAAGUUCCAUUGGACGCACUUGUUUGCUGAAAUGCAUUGUUGAGUACCGUCUAGCUUCUGCAGAAAAACUGCUUAACUUUGGAGCAAAUCCGAACAUUUGCGAUAUGGACGGUUUGUACCCGAUUCAUGUCUGCGCCACUUAUAAACUGUUACCAUUACUCAAAAAGCUUGUGGCACACAGAGCUAACAUUGAUGUGCAGGAUAUCAAGGGCAGAACGGCGCUGUAUUUGUCUGUAAACGCAGGUCAUCAAGAGAUACCCACAGAACUAGUCAAAUGGGGCUGUAAUGUAAAUUUGGGGUCAAGUUUUGGAUACCCGCUAUCGGCUGCCAUCACGAAAUGUCGGCCAGACAUGGUUCAAUUGUUACUGCAAUAUGGGGCGAAUGUGCAAACCAAGCUGAACGAACAGAGACAAGUGUUCUUGAAGGGUUACGACUAUCUCAAUCUUGCGUUGAUUGUUUUGCACAUUCACUCAGCCAUUGCUGAUAUGACCCACUACUCUGAGAAACCAAGGAUUGACAACCUUCUUUCGUCUAUCAAAAUCCUGGAUCUUAUCAUACAGGGUAUGGGCAAACCUGUUGUGUUUCACAAAAAUAUUUUUUUUCCGCUCGAAAAAGCCAGAUCUCACUAACGAUAUUUCCCUGAAGCUGAUUUAUCAAAAGCUUCAUUCUGUCUAUCAAAAACUAGUCUUUUAUGAAAUGACAAAGCCAUGUGCCAGACGAGCGGUCUUGGAAGGAAUGCCGCCUCUGAACGCGUCAAUUGACAAAGGUUCCCUUCAGAAUUUAUGUAGGAACAAACUCAGACUGUAUCUUAUGAACAGCUUCACAAAUGUUGUAUUUGCUGUGAGUAAGUUGGACUGUCCAAUGCCUUUGAAGGACAUGCUACUUUUGAAGGAUAUAUCAUGGUGUUGACAAAGCAUGUGCGCAUAUGGAAAACUAGGCUUAAAUCAUAUGUGUAAAGCGUCGUCUUAGAUUAGACCGGGUGGUCUGCACAGGAUAAUAGUAAUCAGAGACAACACUUUCCCCUUUAAUGGAUUAAAAGAAAGUCCGUCUAAAAGAAAUCCAGUCUAGGGGAAAGUGUCAUCCCUGAUUAGCUUGUGCAAACUGCACAGGCUAUUCUUGGUUAUGGUAAUACUUUUUUCACAUGCAUUAAGCCCAGUUUUCCCACAACAAGACUCAUUAAGUGUUUUCAGGUCAGGCAGUCAAUUCAUACCAGACCUUUCAAUGCAAACAGAUACACACAAAGUGAAAGCCAUAUUAAAAAACACAAAGUGGGCCAUUAAUUUUGUGUUGGUAUUAAAUUUGGUUAAGUAUACAGCAUUGAACACUGAUUAAUAGUACAUGUAAUAAUUAUUUAUGUAAUUGAACAUGGAUUGAUUGUAGUGUAUCAUAAUGCCAUUGAAAAUUGCGUGAUUUUGUUUCAUAUAAAAAAGGACAUUGUAAAAUAAGUGACUGGUAACUUUAAAGGUAUCAACAAUGGUUUAAUUGUUGUGAGGUAAAACACCCAGUUCUUGAUACAUGUAUCAUAGAGAUCCAAGUGUGUUUAAGAUUAUAUUAAGGUGUUCAUAGGUUAUCCCAGAAUUAUUCAUAUUUUGCCUAAAUGUAUUUUUGUCUGUUGUGUAAUUUAUUUAUUCAGAAUGGCAUGCUUUCUCCUGCAAAUGUGCAAACAUAUUGUGUCCUUCACCUUUUAAAUACGUAUGUAAGUGGAAAAGGGUUAAAUACAUAUCUACAUGUAAGUGGUAAAGGGUUAAAUACGUAUCUAAGUGGUAAAGGGUUAAAUACGUAUCUAAGUGGUAAAGGGUUAAAUACGUAUCUAAGUGGUAAAGGGUUAAAUACAUAUCUAAGUGGUAAAGAGUUAAAUACAUAUCUAAGUGGUUAAGGGUUAAAUACAUAUCUUAGUGGUUAAGGGUUAAAUACAUAUCUAAGUGGUUAAGGGUUAAAUACAUAUCUUAGUGGUUAAGGGUUAAAUACAUAUCUAAGUGGUAAAGAGUUAAAUACAUAUCUAAGUGGUUAAGGGUUAAAUACAUAUCUUAGUGGUUAAGGGUUAAAUACAUAUCUUAGUGGUUAACGGUUUAAUACGUAUCUUAGUUCUAAGUGGUAAAGGGUUACAUGUAAAUACGUAUAUGAGUGGUAAAGGGUUAAGGCAUUACAUGUUGGCUACUUGUGAUAACCAUUCCAAGGCAGUUACCAAAGUGUUUAUUAUUUGUAUGUCAAAUAUUGUGUUGUAUAUUAGCCCCGCUCUAGGAAAACAUGGCUUAAUGCAUGUGCGUAAAGUGUCAGCUCAUAGUAGCCUGUGCCGUCUGCACAGGCUUACCUGGGACAACCCUUUCUCCUUAGAAUAGAUUUUUGGUUAGUAGAGACUUCCUUCAACCUAUAACUUCCAUUAAAGCAGAAAUUGCUGUCCCUCAUAAGCUAUUGCAGAUACACAAGCUCAUUGUGAACGCUACUUGACGCACAUGAAUUAAGUCUGUUUUUCCCAAUGCAAGGCUUAUAUAUUGACCGGGGGGUGGUUUCAUCAAAGAUCAUAUGACAAUCUUAAUUUACGACCUAAUUUUGGAGAGAAAAUACAAAAGCUGUUCAUCAAUAUGCAUUCAAAAUGUAAACCACAUAUGAGAAAACAAUGAAAUGAAUUGAUAUACGGAAAAAUAAUAGUAUUAUUAUUUGGUGUUUAGUUAAAAUGCAUCUUUGAAAUAUGUGUCGUAUUCCAAUUUUGUCGUACGAUCGUUGAUGAAACGGACCCCAGUAUUGUAUAUGGAAUUUGACCUGAUGCCAUAGAGACUAGAGGAUAUUUCUCUGAAUGUUUUUCAUGUUUAUGGAGUUUCAUCAUCCAUUAUACGUUAUAAAGGAAUUUCAGGUUAAAUAUAUAGAAGUUGUUUUUUAUUGCUUAAUAUUUUGUUAUUUUAAUUAUGUUUUUUUAGUGAUGAUCUUGUUGGUUUUCUUUUAAAUAUUUUUGCUUCGUUGUUGUGAUGCUUUUAAACCUUUGCAUGCUGGGAAAUUUGUCGUCUGCUAAAAUGUCGUCUGCUGAGUUUCUAAAAUAAGCAUUUUCUUUGACUUUUUUUCAAAGAAUACUAUCAGAAUAGCAAACAGUUUGGAUUUUAAUGAGACGCCACGUUCUGUGGCGUCUCAUCUGGAUCAAUACUGUUUGCAAAGGCCUUUAAAAUUCUGUUCCAGCACUGAAAGGGUUAAAAUGAGUUGUAACCUGCAUGUUGGUAGGAUACCUUACCAUAUGUUGUUCAAGGAUUUGUGACCUUUUUGUUCAUUACGCUCUGUGAAAACAGGGCUUAAUUUAUGUGCGCAAAGGGUAAUACUAGAUAAGCCUGUGCUACAACUCUUUCUGUAUACUUUGGAUUUUUGCUAAAAGGAGUUUUACUUUUAACACAAAACAUGGAAAGUUUCAUCUGCACAGACUAAUCUAUCACGAAAAUCAUUCACUGCUGUUAUCAAGUAUGAAUGGACUAUAAUUUAUAUUGAUGUAACAUUUUCUUGACAUAAAAUAAUGUGCUCUAAUUUUUCAAACUGAUUAUCUUAUUUGUUGACAAAUAUUGCAUAAUUGUUUCAGUGUGCUUAAUAUUUAUUGUGUAUUUUUUAUAUUUGUUUUUUAUUUGUAAAUGAUAAUCAAAUUAACCUUACUAUGAUAUUGUUGGACUAUGUGUAUUUACAGUAUAAUCCUGAUACAUUUGUCUUAUGUAAUGAUACAUGUAAUAACAUUAUAUUUGCAUAUAUACAUUAAUUGUUGAACAUUUGGCAUUUUAAAAGCAGUAUCUUAAGAUUGUUUCAUGAUUUAAGCAAUAGCAUGGUAUAACAUAAAAUGUUUUGCAUUCCUGUAAGAUGGCUGUUUUCAUUGAAU